AUGGGCACUACAGUCAAAGUCACCAACGCUCCUACCUUGGUGACUUCCGACUUCUUGGCUACGACUACGGUCACCUACCUUUCUCCUGUCAAUACCCAAUCGCCCUACACAGGUCCUUGCGUCACGGUCACGGCAGCACUGCCUCCCGGAUCAAAGCCUUCUACUAUUGUCAUUCCCCCUCAAAAUGGACAAACUACAGGAAUCAAGUACAUCUGCUCGCCCCUUGAGUCAAAUAUGCCGUGGUUGCCGGGCUCAGGUAAUCCAACCGCCGGCGGCAAAUCUCCAUUCACAGGAAGCCUGACGACGGUCACCGCUCCCUAUGCGGGCUCGACUAUGACGACGUUGACGAUUCCCCCUACUGGAAGUGAUCAGACAGGCACUGCGCUCAUCCUCAAGCCCACACCCAACAACGGAGAUGCCCCUUUCAACGGUCCCUGCACAACAAUAACAGUUCCUGGAUCCGGCACAGCAUUGACAACUUUGACGGUGCCUCCAUCGGGAUCUGACCGCACUGGCACUCAGAUUGUUUGUCUCCCCUCCGCUACUGGAGGUCUGAUAACCAGCACGUCGACAGGGACUCAACCUGGCCAGACUGGGUUGAUUACCCUUACCCCUGGAAAGCCCGGCGAUCCGACUACCAUCGUCACGAUUGUUCCACCUGGUGGGCGGGUAACUUCUACGUCGACAGGGACUCAACCCGGCCAGACUGGGUUGAUUACCCUUACCCCUGGAAAGCCCGGCGAUCCGACUACCAUCGUCACGAUUGUUCCACCUGGUGGGCGGGUAACUUCUACGUCGACAGGGACUCAACCCGGCCAGACUGGGUUGAUUACCCUUACCCCUGGCAAGCCCGGAGAUCCAACUACAAUUGUCACAAUUGUGCCUCCUCCGUCAGGAGGAUUAGUUACUUCUACAUCUACUGGCACUCAACCUGGACAGACGGGACUACUUACCCUCACCCCUGGAAAGCCCGGCGAUCCUACCACGGUUGUCACUAUCGUACCUCCUCCGUCAGGCGGACUAGUAACAUCUACGUCGACUGGAACCCAGCCAGGUCAAACCGGAUUGCUGACUCUGACGCCUGGCAAGCCUGGAGAUCCAACUACAAUCGUUACUAUCGUACCUCCUCCCACGGGAGGAUUAGUAACAUCUACGUCUACAGGCACUCGCCCAGGUCAGACCGGAUUACUGACUCUGACGCCCGGCAAGCCUGGAGAUCCUACAACGGUCGUUACCAUUGUGCCGCCACCUAGCGGCGGGCUAGUUACCAUUACUUCAACAGGAACCCAGCCUGGACAAACUGGUCUUCUCACCCAGACGCCUGGCCGCCCUGGCGACCCAACGACAGUCAUCACGAUUGUUCCCCCUCCUACCGGUGGACUUGUCACGAUUACUUCAACGGGAACCCAACCUGGACAAACUGGUCUUCUCACUCAGACGCCUGGCCGCCCUGGCGACCUAACGACAGUUAUCACGAUUGUUCCCCCUCUUACCGGUGGACUUGUCACGAUUACUUCAACGGGAACCCAACCUGGGCAGACUGGUCUUCUCACUCAGACGCCUAGCCGCCCUGGCGAUCCGACCACGAUUGUGACCAUUGUCCCCCCUCCUACCGGUGGGUUAGUCACCUCAACCUCAACAGGAACUCAACCCGGCCAGACUGGUCUUUUAACACUAACGCCUGGUCGUCCCGGCGAUCCUACGACAGUCGUUACUAUUGUGCCACCUUCCUCGGGCGGAGUAACGACUGUCACAUCUACUGGCACUCAGACUGGCCUGACGACUCUAACACCCGGUCGACCCGGCGAUCCAACUACGGUUGUUACUUUCAUCCCAAGUCCCACUGGCGGCAUCGUCACGGUCACCUCUACAGGGUCGACUACUGGACUCGUUACUCAGACACCCGGGCGACCCGGUGAUCCAACUACGGUCGUGACCAUUGUGACGCCUCCUGCCGGUGGGCUGACUACUGUCACAUCCACAGGCUCAACGACUGGGCUGACUACCCUGACUCCUGGAAGGCCUGGAGAUCCUACCACUAUCUUGACCUUCGUUACGCCCCCAGCUGGCGGCAUUGUCACAGUCACUUCUACAGGCUCAACCACUGGCCUAGUUACCCAGACUCCCGGACGACCUGGAGAUCCGACGACGGUCGUGACUAUUGUUCCCUCUCCUCUCGGCAGUAUCGUCACGGUUACUUCUACAAGAUCUGCCACCGGCCUCACUACUCAGACCCCUGGGCGCCCUGGUGAUCCUACCACUGUUGUAACUUUUGUUACGCCUCCUGCUGGGGGACUGACUACAGUUACCUCGACGGGAUCGCAGACUGGUCUCACAACCCUGACGCCUGGAAGACCCGGAGAUCCUACUACGGUAGUAACUAUUACGACUAGUCCUCCACCCGUGACCGUUACCUCGACAGCCUCGACCACUAGUUUAACUACCCUCACACCCGGGAGGCCUGGAGACCCUACUACAGUCGUCACCUUCAUUACUAGUCCUCCUUACGUCACGGUCACUUCAACAGGCUCGACGACUAGUCUAACCACUUUAACACCCGGAAGACCUAGAAAUCCUAUUACUAUAAUAACCAUUACGACUAGUCCUCCUCCUAUAACAAUCACCUCGACAGCCUCGACGACUAGUCUAACCACGCUAACGCCUAGAAGGUCUAGAGACCCUACUACAGUCGUCACUUUCAUUACUAGUCCUCCUUACGUCACGGUCACUUCAACAGGCUCGACGACUGGUCUAACCACUUUAACACCCGGAAGACCUGGAGAUCCUACUACUAUAGUGACCAUUACGACUGGUCCUCCUCCUGUGACAGUCACCUCGACAGCCUCGACGACUAGUCUGACCACGCUGACGCCUGGAAGGUCUGGAGACCCUACUACAGUCGUCACUUUCGUUACUGGUCCUCCUUACGUCACGGUCACUUCAACAGGCUCGACGACUAGUCUAACCACUUUGACACCCGGAAGACCUAGAGAUCCUACUACUAUAAUAACCAUUGCGACUGGUCCUCCUCCUAUGACAGUCACUUCAACAGGCUCGACAACUGGUCUAACCACUUUGACACCCAGAAGACCUAGAGAUCCUACUACUAUAGUGACCAUUGCAACUAGUCCUCCUCCUAUAACAGUUACCUCGAUAGCCUCGACGACUAGUCUGACCACGCUAACGCCUAGAAAGUCUAGAGACCCUACUACAGUCGUCACUUUUAUUACUAGUCCUCCUUACGUCACGGUCACUUCAACAGGCUCGACGACUGGUCUAACCACUUUAACACCCGGAAGACCUGGUGACCCAACUACCGUAGUUACAAUCGUAACCAGCCCGCCUCCCGUUACGAUAACCUCUACUGGCACGACUACAGGUAUCACCACGGUCCCUGGAGGUCCUGGGGGCCCAGCUACAGUUAUUACAUUUGUUCCCAGGGGGUUCCUGGUUACACUCACCUCUACCGGAACCACAACUGGGCUUACGACGAUUAUUCCCACUGAUCCAGUUGGCGGCACUACCAGCGUAAUAACAUUCGUCACCCUGCCAGCCCCGGUAACUGUCACGUCUACGGGUAGUACAACGGGUCUCACCACGAUUCCUCCAGGUCCAAGUGGAGGUCCUCCCACUGUCAUUACGUUUGCGACCUCCACAGCAAGCCCUAUUCCACCGGUCACCGUCACAUCAACAGCAUCAACCACUGGCUUGACUACUCUCACCCCCGGACCUAGUGGUGGUCCCUCGACAGUUGUGACCUUUGUCACCCCUCCGGCGAGUCCUCUUUCUCCCGUCACCGUCACAUCAACGGCAUCGACCACCGGCUUGACUACCCUGCCACCUGGUCCCAGCGGUGGUCCUUCGACUGUCGUCACUUUUGUCACCCCCUCUGCGAGUCCUUUCCCCCCUGUGACGGUUACAUCAACAGCCUCAACCACUGGUCUGACAACUCUGCCUCCUGGGCCAAGCGGCGGUCCCUCGACGGUUGUGACCUAUGUGACAUCUCCAGCGAGUCCUCUUUCUCCCGUGACCGUUACAUCGACGGGGUCGACCACAGGCUUGACAACACUACCUCCUGGGCCAAGCGGUGGUCCGUCCACUGUGGUCACAUUCGUCCCGCGUGUUACUGGCUUCUUGAUAACUCUCACAUCCACGGCCAGCCAGACGGGACUCACCACUAUCAUCCCGACGGAUCCAGCCGGCACUACGAGUAUUAUCACAUUUGUCACGCCCUCUGCACCUCUUACGCCCGUCACUGUGACUUCGACUGGAAGCACGACUGGGUUAACGACCCUACCCCCGGGACCCAGCGGCGGUCCAUCUACCGUAGUCACAUUUGUCCCAUCUCUCACCGGUGGCUUGACAACGGUCACAUCGACGGGCUCGCAGACAGGCCUUACCACCAUAAUUCCAACAGACCCGGCCGGUACUACGAGCGUAAUCACUUUCGUCACGCCCAGCGCUCCCCUUACGCCAGUCACAGUCACGUCAACGGCAUCCACCACUGGCUUGACCACUCUUCCUCCUGGCCCUAGCGGCGGCCCUUCAACCGUUGUGACCUUUGUCACUUCCUCCACUCCUCUUACGCCGGUUACUGUCACGUCAACGGCGUCAACCACCGGCUUGACAACUAUCCCUCCUGGCCCCAGCGGUGGCCCUUCAACCGUCGUCACUUUUGUUCAGACUCCCACCGGCUUCAUCACAACGGUCGUAUCAACGGACACCCAAACCGGUGUGACAACUCUGCCUCAAACCAACCCGACCGGCACGACUACUGUCAUCUCUUUUGUGCCUUCGGUCACUGGCGGACUUAUCACCCUUACGUCAACUGGCACGCAGACAGGCGUCACUACUCUGCCUCAAACGGAUCCUGCCGGAACAACGACUGUGAUUACUUUCGUGCCCCCGAUCACUGGCUUCAUUACAACAGUUGUUUCGACCGGCACGCAAACUGGACUAACUACAAUUACGCCAACUGGAUUAGACGGCACAACAAGUGUCAUCACCUUUGUGACUCCCUCGGCAAGCCCUCUUCCACCAGUAACCGUCACUUCAACUAGAUCAUCGACCGGAUUAACGACCCUUGCCCCUGGUCCCAGCGGUGGUCCUACUACCGUUGUGACUUUUGUUACACCUGUUCUUACUACAGUCACCAUAACUUCGACCGGCACUACGACAGGACUUACAACAAUUCCACAAGUCGGAACUGUGCCAGGCACCGUUAUCACCAUCGCUUGCCGUACCGUAACACAAACGGAAACAGUCUCGGCCAGUGGGUCUUCGGGCACUCAAGCUUCAUUUGUUGUUCCUGCGUGCGCACGAACCGCGCAAUUCAGGAUCAAAGGCGGUGAUGGUGGUGAAGGUGGUCGACAAUCAGGAGUUGGCGAACUCAUUUCUGGGAGUUUCGCCGUCACACCCGGUCAGACAUAUGCUCUCAUUGCAGGCGGCGCCGGGGGUACAAAUAUCCAGGGAACCAGUGCAUAUGGUAACGGCGGUACAGCGACCACCGGUGGUGGCGGAGGUGGUGGAGCGUCUGCAAUCCUUCUUGGGGGUGCGGAGGUUGUCGUCGCUGGCGGAGGAGGUGGCGGGGAUAUAUCUUAUAGUGUAUUUCCCACUGAUGGACGACCAAACACAGUCCACAUCACCUCGGAUGACAAUAGAGGUCACGGCGGCUCUCCAGGACAAGAAGGCGUUGGCAGAUAUACAGUCGACCAGGCGAAUGAUGGUACCAGUGGCUAUUACAACGUUGCCCGAGGUGGAGGUGGGGCUACAGCAAGUGGGCCAGGCGCUGCUGGAACAAUCAGUGGUUACUCGGAUUCCUCAGCGAACGGCAAUCCUGGAUCUGGUCACAACGGUGGCGCAGGUAUUGCUUCUCGAAACUCAGGGUCUGGUGGGAGUGGAGGAUCUGGGGCCGGCGGCGGUGGCUACUAUGGUGGUGGCAGUGGAAGCGUCUUGGACUGGUCUUAUGGUACCAGUCGCGUUACAUUUGGCGGUGGUGGCGGUGGUGGCUCCAGCUUCGUCCGAUCCGGUGUUACUGUCAGUAGCCGGAGCAUUACGGGUGGUACCGGAAGUGUUGAGAUUGUCUUCACUUCUUAA